GCCACGCCUUUCUUGCUGACUGCGGACUCGGGCAACUAGCAGGCAAGGAAUAGCGAGAGCAGGGAGACUUGAAGUGAAUGGCGAGAGGGCAUAGACGAACACUAGAAGCCAUAUAUAGAUACGUGUCGCUUAGGUUUCUGAACGUGUUUUGACUACUUUUAUCGCUCAGACUCCAGUCGUGCUGCCUGUCGUCAGACACUGUUCGAUCACGAAUCACAAGCCAGCGACAACGAAUCGCAUCAUCCUGUCGCCAUGCAGUCGCACGAUUCGCCGUCGCCGUCACCGUCGCAUCAUCACGGGCAUGCGAAUCGGCGCGACCUUUUCAAGCAGUCCGCCACGGCGGCAGCAGCAGCGCGGAGACGCGGGGUAGUGGCAGCAAUUUCAAAGGACAGGCGAGGGGCGCUGGUGCGCGCUAAGAGGAUGCGCCGGGGGGAGGGGAUCGAUGUGGGCGAAGGGGUGGGGGGAAUGGGGGGGAUGGGGGGGAUGGGGGGGAUGGGGGGGAUGGGGGGUGGUAUGGAGGUGGAAGGGAGGAGGGAUGAGGAGGAGGAGGAGGAGGAGGAGGAGGAGAGGAGGAGGGUGGAGGAGGAGGGGCGAGUGGAGGAGGCGGUCAAGAGAUUGAAGGGCACGUUUGAAGGUGCUGCUAGAACUGGCGGGCUGGCUGUGCUGCAGGAGAGGGUGGCGGCCUUGACGAUGCUGCGGCAGCUGCUCUCAUCGAAUCACAGCCCACCACUUGGCGCUGCCGUGCGCAGUGGUGCCGUGCCUCUGCUGGCGCAGUGCCUGGCUUUUGGAGCACCAGAGGAACAGCUGCUGGAGGCGGCGUGGUGUGUGACCAACAUAGCAUCGGGGGAAGCGGAGGAAACACGAGCCGUGCUGCCCUGUGCUGCUCUGCUCAUCGCCCAUUGCACCGCAGACUCCCCCUCCCCGGCGAUAGCGGAGCAGUGUGUGUGGGCGGUGGGCAACAUCGCAGCAGAGGCGGACGACCUUCGCUCGCAGCUCUUGGAUCAGGGCGCCCUGCCCGCCCUCACGCGCCUGCUGCUCUCCGCUGCGCAUGCCCUCACGUCGUCUACUGCUACCACUGGUCUCGCUGCUGCUGGGGCAUCUCGUUGGUUGGCUGCCCAGCCGCCAGCAGCCAUGGCGUCGCUGGCUAAGACAGUGGCGUGGGCGCUCUCCUCCCUCAUCAAGGGCCCUAGCCCUCGAGCAGCCGUUGAUCUGGUGAAAUCCAACGGUGUGGAUGCAGCGAUCGUGGGCCUUCUCUCGUCAGGCAACGCCGAGGCAGCGGUGGAGGCGGCAUGGGUGGCAGCGUAUGUGACAGCGCUGUCAGACGGCAGCGCGGACAGGCUUGUGGCUGCGGGGCUGGUGGAGGCGCUCGUGCCGCUGCUCUCCGCCUCCACUGACGUCGCUCUGCUCACUCCUGUGGUGCGGGCUAUAGGCAACCUGACAGCAGGUGAUUCCAAUCGAACUACUCGAUUGCUGACAGCUGGCACACGGUUCCAAGGUCAACCCAUCCCCGCAUCGCCCCCACCUGAGCUGGUGGCAGCAGCAGCAGCAGGUCCGGGCCUAUGUGGCCUGGCAGACUGCCUUGAGAAUGCGCACCAUGGGCUCAAGAAGGAGACGGCGUGGGCGGUGUCCAACGUGACAGCUGGAGACAGCUGGCACAAGGCGGCUGUGAUUGGUGGGGACGUGGCGGGAGGCCAGGUGUCGAGGGUGUAUCAGCUGCUGGUGCAUUUGCUCUGCACGGCCGCCUUUGACAUCAAGAGAGAAGUGGCCUUUGCUCUCGCGAAUCUAUGUGUGGAUCCUGCUGAGCAAGAACCAAUGGGUGAGCGCCACGUGGCGGUCCAGCAGUCGCGCGUGGCAGCACUAGUGGACGCAGGAUGCCUGCCACCCUUCCUCUCCCUCAUUCGCUCUGCUGAUUCUGAUGCUGUGCGGCUGGGGCUGCAGUUUGCUGAGGUGGUUCUGCGUGUGCUGCCUGGAAAGAAGGGCCCUCAGCUGGUUGAGGAGGCGGAUGGCAUUGAUGCGAUAGAAGCAGCAGAAUUUGUGGGCAAUGAGGAGCUACACCGCAUGUCAAGCUAUCUUGUAGAUACAUACUUCGGUGAAGAUUACGGGCUUGAAGAGGGAUGAUCAUGUCGUGGGUGUUGCAUUUGCCAGAUGUUAUCAACCUUUCGUAACCAUAUGAAAAGCCAGCUUGUGGUUAAAAGGUGCAAAAUCUGGUGGCUGUAAAGCUCUACAUCUUAACGCUUGUUUGGAGUAACCUU